AUGAGCGACAUUUCCGACUUCAGCGAAUCUGAAUUGGACAACCCUCCAACCCCGAAGGCCUCUGCUGCUCGUCCGAAGGCGAAAGCAGCCCCAACUAAGUCAGCUCCUGCAGCAGCAGCAGCAGCAGCAGCAGCAGCAGAAAGCAAGAAGAAGUCUCCAGAUGAGGAAAAGGACUCAAAAAAAGACAAAAAAGACCAACAGCAGCAGUCUUCUUCUUCCCCCAAGAAGCAGCAACAACAACAGCAGCAACAUAAGGCACCACCACGUAGCCAACGAUCCCUAGAGAGAGCACAAGGUGUCCUCUCUCCUCCUGAUUUUUUUAUAUCUAAGGUUAUUCAUGAUAAUGAAUGUUUUACCCCUAGAUUAGGACAUAAUGUAUUAGAGGCAAAAGGUAUUAUAUUUAUAUUUGGUGGAGAAAAUGAGGAAAAAAUCACCACUAAAGAUCUUAUUAAAUUCGAACCUAAUGCUAAUAGCUUUGAGUUGGUGGAGACGAACGGUAAAUCUCCAUCACCUCGUCGUUGUUCAUCAAUGACAUUAUGGCGUGACCCUGAUGCAGCAGCAGCAGCAGGAGGAGGAGGAGGAGCAGCAGGAGCAGGAGCAGCAGGAGCAGGAGGUUUAUGUUUAUUAUUAUUUGGAGGAAUAGGAGAAGGAAAUAAAGUAUUAGCUGAUCCAUUUAUAUUUGAUUUAAAUAAUAAAUCAUGGAGGGAGCUCGGGUGUACAGACACCCCAAGUCCUCGUCAUUCCCAUGCUGCGGUGUAUUGGGAGCAACAGAACAAAGUAUUUAUAUUUGGUGGACAAGAUGAGGAAGGAGCACCUAUUAAGGAUGCGCAUGUACUAGAAAAAGGUGUAUGGCAUAAAUUAGAGAGUGCUAGUGAGGAUUUAGCUCCUAGUGGUCGUUGUGGUCAUUCAGCAUGUUUAUGCGAAUUAGAUAAAAAAAUAUUUAUUGUUAUAUUUGGUGGGGAUAUUUCUUGUAAUGGUAAAGGAGAGAAUGAUUUAUGGUUAUAUGAUGUACAACAUGAUUCAUGGGAUAUAAUUGAUCAAUAUGCAGGAGAACCACCAUGUCCUAGAUGGAAACAUGCUGCCGCUUUCUUUGAUAAUCGUUUAUGGAUUAUGGGUGGGACAUACGCUGGCUGGUUUAAGAAUUAUGUCAUGUCAGACUUGUAUGUAUUUGAUUUUUCAGCACGUGUUUGGUUUCGUUGUGAUGUAAAUCCAACGGAUUUAGGAUUUCAUACAGAUGUUGGUCCUCUUACUGUAUUACCUGCAAAUAGAGCUAUAUAUAUAUUUGGUGGUGCUGAUCAAAGAGGUUAUCCAUGUGCGGAUGUGUAUAGAUUAGCACCUGUAUGUACAACAGUAUCAUUAGGUGCAUUAAGCCAAGAUAUGUGCAAGACAGUAAAGGAAGAAGCGCUAACUAAAUUGGAGAAAAAAGCGGAUAUAAGUAGUCUAAGGGCAGUAGCAGCAAAAGUAGGUAGUUUAUCUGAUGAGGAAGAAGAAUAA